AUGGCUGUGCUCUCACAUGUAUCGUCGCUGUCUUCGCGCAGAGCGCCAGACCUCGAUCUCAGCAGCAUCGCCAAAAUGCCCACUCCCGGCCUCCCCUACGCCGUACGGACAGCCUACGCCGAUGCCUUCAAGCUCGCUGUUGCUGAUGGCCUCGCAGAGCCUCUGCUGAUUCCCUUUUGCUUGCUGGCGCCGUUUGUCGUGCCCGCGCUGUGGUUGGCCGUCCCGCAUAGGCGCCGGCCCUGGUUCUAUCACACGAGGUGGCUGGCCAUGGCGCUGAUUGUCUGGUCCAAUGUCUAUCAUUUGGCGUAUACGUCGAGCACGAAUACGGCGUGUGCGUAUGCGGCUGGGCUGGCGUCGACGUGGGGCACCUUGUUGAGCAUGAAUCUGCUCGUUUGGACGAGGCCGCAGCUUGAAGCUGCCAGGGUGGUGCGGAGAGUCAAGAAGGAUAAGGAUGAUGGUUUGAUCAAGGAAGCGGAUGGUGAGAUGCACACCGAAGUGAGAUCAACCGGCCACAAUGGAGGAUCUGAGAACGUGAAUGGAAGUGGGAAUGAGAUCAGAGCGCGGAAGACGAUAUCAACGAACGGAACUCUAAAUGCUGAGAGGCAUGAUGAAUUCGAACAUGUCUGGGAACCUUACCCCUCGGAUGGAGGCUUCUUAGAGCGACUGGCAUGGGCGACAGAUUUGAUACUUUGCUUCCGAUUUUCUGGCUGGAACUGGUCUGUCCCAACCAUCCCCCGGCCUCAGAUCCCUCUCGAAAUCUCUCAUGGAGACAAGGUCGAAGUAGACGCCAUUCCCAAAACCAGCAGAAGUGGGUAUACGCGUCCCCUGAGCACCGGCGAAUUCGUCCGCGGGCGCCUCACCAAGAUUGUCAUCUUCUACUUCGCCCUAGAUUUCCUCUCCGUGUACAUGAAGAAAGAUCCCUACUUCAUCCUCGGGCCCGAUCAUCAAGGCCAAGUCGCUCUCCCACCACAUCUCCGCGACUUCCCACCAUGGCUGCUCCUCGCAUACAGAGAAGCGUUUUCCCUCCUCGGCGUAUACGCCGCCAUCGAGGCCGUCUUCAGCGUGUCUGAUCUGGUCCAGUACUGGCUCGCCAACCGCUUCUAUCCUUCCCGCGGGGCGCUGUGGCAGUUUGCCUCCACUUUCGGCUCCUUUGAGCAGAUCCUCGCGCGAGGCCUCGCCGGCUGGUGGGGAGGCUGGUGGCACCAGACUUUUCGUAUGCAGUUUGCCGCGCCGGCGACGUACCUCCUUCGAAGAGGGGAGCUUCACCUCCACGCCCAAGACGAAGCCUUGGAGGGCGCCGGCCUUUUUCUUCCUCCAGAUGGUGGGUAUUCUGCUGCAGCAGUCGACGGCGCAUCUUUUCAGACUGUGUAUGCCGCUGCGGCUGCCGCGGUUUGUGUCUCGGAUGGUGAAUCUCUUGUUUACGUUGGCGUGGCUGUUUUUCACGGCGCCCCUGUUCAUGGACGAUUGUUCGUCGACGGGGCUGUGGCUCGUUGA